AUGACUCCUUCUUCAUCUCCUGGUUCGAAACGUCAUUCUAUUAUAAAUGUAUUCCCUCCAUCAUCAUCUCUGGAUGAUACUUAUCAGUAUGAAGUAAGCUUUAGUAAGGCCACCAUAAAUUGGAUUAAAGAGUUCCCAUCUUGCUCUUACAUAUGUUAUGAUAAUAUCACUGAACCACUAGUACUAUAUAAAAUGGCUAGAAUAAUGCUUCCUGAUUCCGAAUUUAUAAAUAAAGAUAAUGAUUCAGUUUUCUUCUUGGAGGAUCCUAGUGCUAGUGCUAAUGAUAAUGAUAAUGAUAAUGACAAUAGUCUAAGUCUUCAGAUAAAUCUUGUUCCAGAUCAUGUUAACGAUGAUUUAAUUAUCAAGCAAUUAACUAUACGACAAUUUGGCUAUUUAGAACAACUCAUAAAUCACCAUGUUCAAACUUGUAUCUCGUACAAUGCUCUGCUUCAAUCUCUUCUUCCAUUUCCAGUGGAUUCAUUAAAUUGGUUGAAAUUUGGUAUUCUUAAAGAUCAUAAGGAGUUAUAUAGAUUCUGUCAGAUGUUCCUUUUUAUAGGAUUAUAUACUUCUAAAUUUUCCACUUUUGGUCCAACAUAUAUUGAAUUCCUUAAUCAAAAUGAUCAAUUCCUUCUAAAAAGCUAUUUAAAAGUUUGUCAAGUGAAUGAACUCAAACAUCAACCCAUUCAAGAAGUGGGUAUUUAUAAUGAGGAUGACAUCUAUGGUGAUGAUUAUAGUGACAUAUCAGACUUGAGCGAUAUGAAACAAUUCAAUCUUACAAAUAGAAAUGAAGUAAGUAAUGGAAAUCAGGUUUACAAUUCAUUACAAUUACAAUAUAAUUCUACAUUGAUGAUUUCUAAAAGUCAAUUUGAUGCUAUUAAAUGGGAGAAUGCAUUACUUGAAAAAUUAAUAUACCAAAUGAAAUAA